GUUUUUUGAAUGAACUCCCCAUCUCUACUUAAAGCUAUGUUUGAAACAGCUAAACAAGAGGGAAAAUAAAUUUGGACCCCACUAACCUCUCUCUCUCUCACACAUCUUGCCUCCAUUUUCUUUUCUUUCUCACUCCAACACCAUCGAACAGAACGUGACCUUCUUUAAAGAGAGAGAGAGAGAGAGAGAGAGGAGGGGUUCACACCUUUAAUAACUGCCACAUGAUUUGUAGUGCAAUUGGCAGCAGUGUUUCUUUUCCUGGGCAGCAAAAAAAGGAACCUCAUUGCUUUUUCCUGACUAAUCUUGUUCCAGUCUUUUGUCCCCUUCUCACAUUAAAGAAACCAUAACAUUUUACACCUCUUUCAAAACCACACACUACAUUUAAACACUUCCACCUUUAAAGCAUUUCAAAUUUGAAUUGCGCACAGUAUCAGACAAACCCAAAUAGCUUUUCCUUGUAACACCCAUUAAUUUCUUGCAAGAACAAGGCAAAAGGGAAAAGAAUUACACAAAGAAUGAAUCUUUUGUUUUUGUUGCUGCUAUCAAUUUGGGUUUUUAGUUUUCCUACGCUCUCUGUUCCACUCGAUGUGAAGCCCGACCCUCCUGCUGCUGACCCAGUUAUUCCCACUGAAAAAGACCCCUUUUUUAAGAAUUCUUCUGAUCUGGGAGCUCAUUCUCCAGAAGUUGCAGAAGUGAAUCUAGUGCACCACCAGGAUUUAAACAAGAAAAUCCUUGUCGCCCUCGUUGUCUCCUCAUCUCUUCUUGGUGUGAUAUUGCUGCUGUUAUCUUGUUUCUGGAUAUUCAGACUGAGGAAGAAAUCCAAUGCAAAAAGCCACCAAAAUUCAGAUGCUGCAAACGGCAUCUCAUUUGGUCCGAUUUUGGACAAGUUCCCUUCUAUGAGAAUCGGGGGCAAGAAGGGCUCGAUUGCUGCAAUCGAGUACCAGUUGUUAGUGACUGCUACUAACAACUUCGAUGAAGCCAAUAUUCUAGGCGAAGGCGGGUUAGGCCGUGUGUACAAAGCUCACUUCAAUGACCACUUCCAUGCCGCUGUCAAGAAAAUAUAUGCUGGUGGGCUGGAAGCUGAAAGAGAAUUCGAGAAUGAGGUUGAGUCACUGAGUAAAAUUCAGCAUCAGAAUAUAGUCUCUCUUUUAGGAUAUUGUAUACAUGGUGAAGCUCGUUUUUUGGUUUAUGAAAUGAUGGAGAAUGGAUCUCUGGAACUCCACUUGCAUGGACCUAAUAAAUCAAGAUUGACUUGGCAUCUGAGAAUGAAAAUUGCUCUGGAUGUUGCUAGAGGAUUAGAGUACCUCCAUGAGCGAUGCAGCCCUCCCGUGAUCCAUAGAGAUCUCAAAUCCUCGAAUAUUCUUCUGGAUUCCAACUUUCAUGCCAAGCUUUCUGAUUUCGGCCUUGCAAUUACGGGAGGGAACUCGAACAAGGCUAACAUCAAGCUUUCAGGAACUUUGGGUUAUGUUGCACCAGAAUACCUGCUGGAUGGCAAGCUUACUGACAAGAGUGAUGUGUACGCAUUUGGCGUGGUUCUUUUGGAGCUUUUGAUGGGAAGAAGGCCGGUCGAGAGAGUAGCUGAAGCUCAAUGUCAAUCUAUAGUCACCUGGGUACGUAAAUCUUGGUCAAAUAUGUUCACACGUCAUUAUUCUUAUAUAUUAACCUUCUUCAACGAGCAGGCGAUGCCUCAGCUUACCGACAGAAUGAAGCUCCCAAAUAUUGUUGAUCCGGCCAUAGUAAAUACUAUGGAUUUGAAGCAUUUAUAUCAAGUAAAGUUCUUACACAGAAUCAAUCAACACCCGAAACUUUUUUUGCCAUCUUUUGAGAUUCUUGCUAUAUACUUGUUCUUAUGAUUGCACACGCAGGUGGCUGCCAUAGCGGUGUUAUGUGUGCAACCGGAGCCGAGUUAUAGACCACUGAUAACGGAUGUCCUGCAUUCGUUCAUACCACUUGUGCCUGUAGAUCUCGGCGGAUCACUGAGACUGACGGAUUCUGCAAUCUCGACCUGUGCAUAACUUGCUUUCGAGAAGGGAUAAUUUUUUGAUCAGCAGAACUAAGCUUGCUUCUCGACAAGUAGGAGAUUAUGGUUUGGCUUGUACAGCAUGUAAAGACGAAGAAUUGAUUGCUCUAUCGCGUCUCAGACGAGCAGCUCUGCAAGCUGAGCCGUGUAAGUUAGUUGGUGUGUAUAUAUGGAUUGUAUUCAUGGAGGCACUGGGAACUGAGUUGAACUAAUCUUUCAAAAAAACUAUCAUCACACGCUGUUGGGACCUUUCUAUUGUCAGUAACUGCAAAUUUGAUAUCUAUACUAAAUUUGAUUCCAAAUGAUUAUGAAAUUGGAGUUAGAGAGGUUGUAUAUUGCCAUCGUUUUGGCCUGGACCCAAAGAAUAGGCCAAUUUGGCCGGCAUUAAUGAUAAUUCAACUCCAUGAUUGUUGCUUCAAA